UCGGCGUUGCCUUCACGAGCCGCGUAACGGUCACUUCAGAUUCAAGUCUUUUAUUUCUCGUUAUUUUUUCUUUCAACAAACAAAAAAGGAAAGAGCGGAAAAGAGAAGGAAAAAGAGGAGGAAUACAAAGGAAUUCGAUGGGACGAUGGCAGCAAACUGGCCGCUGGCACUUUUUCUGCUUUUCCUUCAUGUUUGCAGUUCCCUAUCAGCUGAUGCUGAAGAGAGGUUGAUGGACUUCCUCCUCAGUUCUGAUCGGUACAAUAAGCUAAUCAGGCCAGCGAUCAAUAAGAGUCAGCAGGUCACCAUCGGCAUCAAAGUGUCCCUGGCUCAGCUGAUCAGUGUGAAUGAGAGGGAGCAGAUCAUGACCACUAACGUGUGGCUCACGCAGGAGUGGAAUGAUUACAGACUCGUUUGGGACCCUGACAACUACGAUGGCAUCCAGAAACUACGAAUCCCCUCCCACCACAUCUGGCUUCCUGAUAUCGUACUCUACAACAAUGCAGACGGUGUGUACGAAGUCUCGUUCUACAGCAACGCUAUUGUCUCCAACACGGGCGACAUCUUCUGGCUUCCCCCGGCCAUCUACAGGAGCGCCUGUGCCAUCGAGGUCCGCAACUUUCCCUUUGACCAACAGAACUGCACGCUGAAGUUCCGCUCAUGGACAUAUGACCGCACCGAGCUCGACCUUGUGCUGACCUCUGACUUCGCUAGCCGUGAUGACUACACGCCCAGCGGCGAGUGGGACAUCGUGUCUUUGCCUGGCCGCAAGAACGAAGAUCCAGACGACGUCACCUACAUGGACGUCACAUACGACUUCGUGAUCCGACGCAAGCCGCUGUUCUACACCAUCAACCUCAUCAUCCCGUGCGUGCUCAUCACCUCUCUCGCUGUUCUCGUCUUCUACUUGCCAUCAGACUGCGGUGAGAAGAUGACUCUGUGCAUCUCUGUGCUACUGGCCCUCACUGUCUUCCUGCUACUGAUCUCUAAGAUCGUUCCACCCACCUCGCUGGCUGUGCCGCUCAUCGGCAAGUACCUGAUGUUCACCAUGGUGCUAGUGACCUUCUCCAUCGUGACAAGUGUAUGCGUGCUUAACGUGCAUCACCGCUCGCCAUCCACACACCACAUGCCGGUGUGGGUGCAGCGCGUCUUCCUGCAUCAGCUGCCCGUCUUCCUGCUCAUGCGGCGACCGGGUCGCUCUAACAUGCGGGAAAGAUUUCGGAGGAAAAACCGGAGCAAGUCAUUCUCCGGUGACGCCUUCGCUCUAGGGGCCUGGAAGACGGCGGAGCUGCCUGAGGGCUCUGAAUUUGGGCAGAGGGUACGAGUAAGGCGUGACACAGAUGUGGAUGCGGCCAUAGAGGGCGUGCGAUUCAUCGCUGAACACAUGAAGAAUGAGGAUGAUGAUGAAGGGGUCAUUGAGGACUGGAAAUAUGUUGCCAUGGUGAUCGACCGUUUGUUUCUCUGGGUUUUCAUCCUGGUAUGUCUGAUUGGAACGCUCGGCCUCUUCAUCCAGCCGCUCUUCCAGAGCUACAACACACCUGUAGCAAGAGAUGACUAUGGCGUUUGAUAAACACGUGCCGGGUAAACUCAAGAAGAUAUCAGAGCACCUAUCAGUCACAGUGAGAGCAAACAAUACUGAAUAAGAGACCACACGUACAUGCCGAUCGGGUGGCCAGACAUCCAGCACCUGCCAAGAUCUGCAGCUAUGUGAUUGUGAUGACUGAUAUCGCUUCAUCAGGGUAUACAGAACUGUAUUAAUGCACUGUGAAAACUAACAGAGAGGUUAUCACCUUAAACUCCUACAGUUUAGACACUGAAAUCGUCAUACACAAUGUUUUCUUCUACGCUUCUUUUACAUAAUGUGUUUCACUGCCUGAAAAUAUGCCCUUCAGUUCCCCCAGUUUUUCUGUCACGACUCCUGCUGGAUUAAUCCUGUAAUAAUUUACAUCAGUGGAGUUUUGGAAAUAUUUAUAUUUGCAAAAUUUAAAUAUGUAAACAUCACUGUGUAUAGCUUCAAGGGCAAAAAAAUAUAAUGUUUCUUAUAGUA